UUAUCCCCCACCCCACUUUUCUUCCCCACCCCACUUUUCUUUCAGCUGGCUGCGCCAUGAUGUAGGUGUGAAGACACGAGGUUGAAUAUGUUUCAAUUCAAAAGCAACUGUAUCGUUCAAAAUACUAAAUAAACUGCGCCACACAAUAUAGCAAUCACAAGGUUAAAUGCAGCAAGUCGGCAGACGGAACCAAAGACUUUAUAUAACUCAAACUUGUCCUUAUGUCAGUACAGGUCGAAAGCAAGUGAAUAGCAGCUAUUUCAUUUUGCUGAGUUGAGCUUGGUAUUUGUUUGACAAGGUUUUGUAGUUGUCUGUUUAUUUCCCGUCGUAAAAUGGAAGUUUCUCGCUUGAUAUCUUUCAUCCAGAAACUAUUUGCCUAACCGUAGAUUCAAACGGAUUUUGUUUACCCCGGAUUUUUUCCAAAAAAAUAAUGAAACUCUUUUUCUGCUUUUUCAUUCAAGUUUUAUAAUUAACAUCAAUAGAGAUUGUUGCUUUUAAGGAAUCAAACUAUCUUACCGGCCCCUAAGAAAAUUUUUAAACCUUCCUGCAGAUCAAUAAAACUACAGGAUGAAGACAGUACACCCUCAAUAUAGAGGUUGCAGGCCAGUUACCCUAAAGAUCUCUUCAGACUUGGAAAUGGGGAUGAGACUAAGUUUCUAAUUUGAACAAGAGGUAGCAGGAACUUAUCCGGCCGGUAAUUGACUGAGUGCAAGUCAGACGGUGUGUAGCAGCUGAAAAUACUUUUUCUCCGUGUUCUCUGUAAUUCGACGGUUUUUCCCGAUACACCAUGCGUAAUAUCGACCGAAGUUGUUCAGGAUUCACUUGAGCUUAUAACCAAGUUGUUUUUAGUUCUCACUAUAUUUUUCGUCACAUGAUUUUUUUUAGUCUUGUGACGAUAGCUGAAAAGACUUAUUAGACCGGCAUAUGCUACUAUGCUGGUAAAAACUCUGCAGUUGAGUUAAAAAUCAACUAUACCAUUGGCAGAUCUCAUAUCAUGCUGCAAUAUCACAUGCUUGUUUUGAACUCCUUAUUUUUGAAUUCCAAUUGGACGAAAUCUCACGCCUUCAGUCUCGUGUCUUACCGUGUGCAGCUUGCACAAUUCAAUUCUAACCACAUUUUGUGCAGAAAUGGUACCUUGCUUAUACCAUACCAUUUCAGUUAUACCGCUAUAUUCCAAAUUGAUGGUACAUAGUUAUGGUAGUAUAUGAAGUAAAGAGUUAGCUAGCAGCUAUUUAUUCUGCUUUACUGUUUGAUCUAUUAUGAACCGCAUUUAUACUGACAGGGCGAGUUCUAGUUUCUAGUUUGCUUUAAUUUUCUGCAUCUGCAAAAAUUGCACAAUUUUCUAAAUGCACAAUGAAAAAAAAACAUGUCUUUUUAACACUGGCAAUUUCUGUAGAAUAAUAUUUUGCUGUAAAUUACAGUACGUUGGAACAAUUUGCAUGUGAAUCUCUUCUGGUUGCUGGACCACCUGAACACUACGUUGAGUCAUUUUUAGCUCGCAUUAUGGGACAAAUGUCUCUGCCCGAAUGAUGCAGGCGCAAUUUUUGAUUAGAUGAAGGCGACAGUUUCAUCCAAAAACACUUUUUCCUUCUUUUUAUUCAGCCAAGGGUGUGCAUUUGUCACUUUUUAAAAUUAGAAGUGGAGUGAUCACAUUAGUCGAUAGUCGUUGGCUUUAAAUUAUUUCUUACUGAAUUACAUGUAUGGUUUUGUAUUAAAUUUUACUUGUAUGAAUAAGUUAACGGAGUUCCUUCGUACCAAUAUGGUUUCAAGGUGAUUUACGGCUUCUUAGGCAUUAUUGAAUCAGUGCUAUAAAAGUGAAAUACCAUUGCUUUUGUACAUAUAUUAAAUUCAAAUGCGAAUCAAAAAUUUGCGAGUUUCCAAUAAGUAUUGACAUGGGACUCGUUGUCAAAUUCUUACCAUAGAUUGAAUGCAUUAUAAUGCAUCUCUUUGUUUUGUUUCAGAUAGUCUUUGUUGAUAACUUUCAAUUUUGUUACCUGAUAUUUUGACCCUGGAAACAUCACAAAACAGAAAGAAUUCUAAAAUCUAUUUGGAAUUCCGAGGCCAUUUCGAAAUCUGUCAGUUUUAUCUUCUGAGGAUUUCUUACUUCGAAAGAGUUAAUAAUAAAAACUGUCAAUUUAUUUUUCCUGGAUUAUAUUUUUGCGGCAAUUUUAUUCUUUAACCUUUUCAUUGCUUUGUUCAGUUCAAAGUUGCGUUUGAACUGACUGAAUAAUUCUGCCUUUUAAUUAUUUUGAGCCUUUUAAUUUGACUGUUCUGUUUGUGCCAUUGGGACUGUUAGACCUCAUCGCGUCUUAGCUUAAUCUUAGCCUGUGUUUUCCGUGGGAAUUUUCCAUCGAUAUCUCGAUUACAUAACCUUGCUUCCACCUCUGUCUUCUGCAUUUGCAGUAGUCUAUAGACUAUUUGAUUGUGUUUUUGUUACGUAACAAUGGUGAUGUUUGUGUGCAACAUGUGCGGGGAGAGCCUGAAAAAGAACAAAGUGGAGGAGCAUUACAGGUUCAAGUGUCGCAACUGCGAGACUGUCUCGUGCAUGGACUGUGGCAAGGACUUCUGGGGCGAUGAUUACGUACAGCACAAUAAGUGCAUAUCUGAGCAGGAGAAAUACCAGGGCACACCCACUGACUACAAAGGGGACAACAAGCAGGAGCAGUGGGUGGCCAAUGUAACCACUGUGAUAGCCAGCUACUCUGGCAACCCCAAAGUGCGCUCCCUUCUUGAGAUGUGUGUCCAGUGUCCCAAUCUACCCCGCAAACAGAAGAAGUUUGUCAACUUCGUCCGAUCCAGUUUCAAUGAGAGAAACCAGACGGUGGUCGGAGAAGCGUGGGAGAUUAUUGAAAAGGCUUCCAAGUUGGAUAUCAAUGACAAGACGACCCCAGCCAGUGACAAGCCUGGUACGCCAAAUGAAACAGAAACAAAAGACUCAAAGGUACAAACCGAAAGCGAUUCAAAAAGUGGUGAAAAUGCGCCCACUGAAAAUGAGGUGAACGAAAAUAUGGAUGAAAAUGGGAAUGAAAGCGGAGACAGUGAGAGUGAAGAGACGGGCAAGAUUAUGGAAAAGAAAAGGGAAAAAACUUUUGACGGCGUAGAGAGCGAAAAGGCGAAGAAAAAGAGACUGAAGCAAGAGAAAAAAGAACAGUUAGCGAUUCUUCAAAAUGCCGAUGGCAAAAAGAUGUCGAAAAAACAGUUGAAGAGGCUGAGAGAGGAGUCGAUAUCAGUGGAACUGGGUGCAGUUGCAGAAGAAGUGCCGGCUCUGAAUGGACUAAACGGAGACGCGACUAAAAAAGACAAGAAGAACAAAAAGAAACAACGAGAGCACAAAGAAAGUGUUCACGAGGUUAUUAAUGAGAACGGCGAGGAGGUCGAAAAUGAAAUGAAUGGGAAACAAGACUUCCUCGCUCAGAUUCGAUUAGACGAGAAGUUGAUGAAAGGCAUUCCGAAAAAUGAGAAUAUUGAAGGAGAUGAAGACAACGACGAGGAAGAAAAACGUGAUAGGCAUUUCAAUUGGCAUAAAGCAAUCAAAACUGCGCUCAAAGCCGAAGAUGAUUUAUCGCUGCCGAUGAAAAAAUUACGAAAGAAAGUUUUGGCAGAGUUUAUGACGUAUGGAGGUGACGGGAAGUUUAAAAAUGAAAAUGAGAUAUGGGCACUUUUUGACAAGAAACUGCACUCUUACCCGAAAGUAAAGAUUUUAAAAGACAAGGUCACUUUUAUCAAAUAAAACUGAGGACGCUGACAGUUUAAAUUAUGGAACUAUGAAACUGAAGAAACCAUACGAUAGUUGAGAUGAUAUUGGGCUAGUUGUUGUUUUCCAGAACUUAAUUACAGUUCGAUGCAUUGAUGUGAUUACGUUCUGUUAUAUUAUGUUAUAUAAAAUUGUUCGUUGUUUCAAUAAAAUUGAACC